AUGGUGACCCAAAACCUGAAGGGAGUUCUGGAGCAGCUUCGAUGCUUCAGUUCACUCCCAACGAAUCCCAGAUAUUCAAAAAUUAAAUCACUUAAUAUCCUGUUUAAAGGGAAGCCCCCUAUAAGCCGUAAAAGGAAAUCAACGGUCGAAGAAGUCGAAAGAGUAUUCAGAGAACUAGAAGCAAUAGGUGAAAACCUACAACAUGCCAGCAUUGAGACCGCGAUAGAAUCCAAAUUACCGGGUUGGUUAUUGGAGAAGGUAUGUCAACAAAAGGAAGAAAACGAACAAUGUUCGGUGACAAAACCCAGACAAUUUCUCCGAAAUUUAGUUGACAGAACCGACCAACCGGUAAUGAAUAGACAACUAUCAAGCAUUAGAAACCGAAGAAAUCCAAUCGAGUACAUCUCUAAUCCAACUACUAAAACAGAAACUUCUGCGUUGGCCGCAAUCAAACAAAGCAAAGGCAGUUUAACACUUUGGCUUCAGUUCCAAAGAAUCAAUCUAAAUAAAUGGAUCUAA